AUGGGUGACGAAUACGAGCAACUAGGACCGCCUGGUGAGGCACCACCUCCAGGACUAGGGCCACCGGGUGCAGCUCCACCACCUCCACCACCACCGCAACCACCACAGCAGCCUGAAACCAAACCGCCACCGGCAGGUGCCAGGCAGUCGGUAGAGGGUGUGAUCCCAGUCCACGGGCUGACCAAGCCAUCCAUCUCUAUGGGUGGCUAA